AUGAGUAUCCCAUUUGGUCUAGAUUUCGGUAACAACAGCUCUGUGCUCGCUGUGGCGCGCAACAGGGGUAUCGACAUUGUGGUGAACGAGGUGUCCAACCGUUCGACACCAUCGUUGGUCGGGUUCGGGCAGAAGAACCGGUUCCUCGGAGAGGCGGGCAAGAACAAGCAGACGUCGAACAUCAAGAACACGGUGGACAACUUGAAGCGGAUUGUCGGGCUGGACCACGCGCACAGCGACUUCGAGGAGGAAGCCAAGUUCUUUUCGUCGAAGCUCGUGAAGAUGGAGGACGGGAAGAUCGGCGCGCAGGUGCGGUUUGCGGGCGAGCAGCAGGUGUUCUCCGCGACGCAGAUUGCUGCGAUGUUCAUGAACCGCGCGAAGACCAUUGUGCAGGACGAGACGAAGGGCAAGGUGACGGACGUCGCGCUCGCGGUGCCUGCGUGGUACAACGAGGCGCAGCGCUACGCGGCGGCGGACGCAGCGCGCAUUGCGGGCCUGAACCCAGUGCGCGUGGUGAACGACGUGACUGCGGCUGCCGUUUCUUACGGUGUGUUCAAGACCGACUUGCCUGAGGGCGAGGAGAAGCCCAGACGCGUUGCGUUCGUGGACAUCGGCCACUCGUCAUACACCUGUUCCAUUGGGUCUUUCAAGAAGGGCGAGCUCAAGAUACUCGGCACUGCCUACGACAAGCACUUCGGCGGUAGAAACUUCGACCGUGCCAUCACCGAGCACUUUGCCGAGGAGUUCAAGGGCAAGUACAAGAUCGACAUCAGAGAGAAUGCCAAAGCAUACAACAGAGUCAUGACUGCUGCUGAGAAGCUGAAGAAGGUGUUGUCCGCCAACACUGCUGCUCCAUUCAACAUUGAGUCUGUGAUGAACGACGUGGAUGUCUCUUCUCAGUUGACUCGUGAGGAGUUGGAGGAGUUGGUUGCUCCAUUGUUGAAGCGUGUCACUGAGCCCGUUACCAAGGCGCUAGCGCAGGCCAAGCUCACUCCAGAAGACAUUGACUUUGUUGAGAUCAUUGGUGGUACCACCCGUAUCCCAUGCCUAAAGAACGCCAUUUCUGCUGCGUUCAACAAGCCAUUGUCCACCACCUUGAACCAGGAUGAGGCCAUUGCUAAGGGUGCUGCUUUCAUUUGCGCCAUCCACUCUCCAACUCUAAAGGUGAGACCAUUCAAGUUUGAAGACAUCCACGAGUACUCUGUGUCCUACCACUGGGACCAGCAGGUUGAGGACGAGGACCACUUGGAGGUGUUCCCAGCCGGUUCUUCCUACCCAUCCACCAAGUUGAUCACUCUACACCGUACCGGUGACUUCACCAUGACCGCCAAGUACACGAAUCCUGAGGUGUUGCCAGCCGGUAUGCCUGAGGAGAUCGCCAAGUGGGAGAUCACUGGCGUCAAGGUCCCAGAGGGCGAGACUUCAGUGCCUGUCAAGUUGAAGCUAAGAUGUGAUCCAUCUGGCUUCCACAUCAUUGAGAACGCAUACACUGUUGAGGACAUCAAGGUAAAGGAGCAGAUUCCACCAGCUGCUGAUGCUCCAGAGGAUGCUGAGCCAGAGUACAAGGAGGUCACCAAGACCGUUAAGAAGGACACUCUCCAGAUAGUUGCUCACACUUUCGCUUUGGAGGAGGCUGUCUUGAACGAGUUGAUUGAGAAGGAGAAUGAGCUAGCUGCACAGGAUAAGCUAGUUGCUGAGACCGAGGACCGCAAGAACACUUUGGAAGAGUACGUCUACACUUUGCGUGGCAAGUUGGAUGAGGAAUAUGCCGCGUUCGCAUCUGAUGAGGAAAAGACCAAGUUGAAGGAUAUGUUGGCUAAGGCAGAGGAGUGGUUGUACGACGAGGGUUACGACUCCACCAAGGCCAAGUACAUUGCCAAGUACGAGGAGUUGGCUUCUUUGGGCAAUGUUAUCAGAGGCAGAUACAUGGCCAAGGAGGAGGAGAAGAGACAGGCAUUGCGUGCCAAGCAGGAGGCUGCCCAGAUGGCUGAGAUGGCUGAGAAGCUUGCAGCCCAAAGAGCUGCUGAGCAGAAAGCACAGGAGUCCAAGGCUGAAUCUGACAAGGAUGCCGAGGGCGACAUCGACUUGGAUUGA